AAGUUGGUGGCAAAAGUUUGAAAUGCAAUAAGUUGACGAACACUUUCUGAGAAAGUUGGUGGCAAAAGUUGGUGAUCAUAAGUUGACGGUAAGUUUACUUUCAAUUUCCUCAAAAUCAUGCAUUCCAGUUGCGGCUCCAUACUGGCGCCAACUUUCUGAGAAAGUUGGCGGUAACUUGUAGCCAUAAGUUGCAAAAUCUAAAGUUGUUGACAACUUGUCGUCAAGUUGGUCGGAAACUAAUGAAUGAACAACUUUUUCACGAUCAACUCGUGCUAUCAGGGUGAGUAGAGAAAGAACAGAGUAAAGUUGCAAUCUAAAAUGGUGACGACAGGUUGAAUUUUUGAAUAAAGAUGGCACUGAGUAGAGAAGUUUGGAGUAAAGUCGUCACACUGCCAAUAUGAGGACCAAAGUCAAGGCGGGUGGUAAAAAAAAUCAGAUGGAGACAGAAAAUAAAAAUAAUGUCAAGUUUUCAAAAAAGCGGAAGAUUAGCAAGAUACUUGAAUCGAGUGAUGAUGAAAAUCCAGAAGACAAAAAAAAAGUGAGGAAAAGAAAAAAAAAUGAGGCUUUGAAAGACAAUUCAAAUAAACGGAAAAUACACGAUGAUUUUGAUGACAGAUUAGAUGAUGAUGAUUACGAUCUUAUAGAAGAAAAUAUUGGUGUCAAAUUAAAAAGAAAAAGUUUUAAGCGCGUGAGAAAAUUAUCAGACAGUGAAUCAGAUGAUGAUGAAGUCCAGAGUAAAGGUGAUGUCAAGUCUGCUAUUGCUGAUGAAUUGUUUGGAAAAGAUUCUGAUGAUGAAGAUGAGAAUAAAAACAUUAAGAAACCUCUUGAAAGUCAAGAUCGUCGCAAAACAGAAAUUCAAGUUUGUGAUAAAGAAGACAGUGGCAGUGAUGGAGAGUCUUCUGGAGUUGAUGAUUUUAUUAUUGAUGAUAUUGGAUUAUCCUCAAAUACUGACAGAGGACAAAAGAAAUUAUGCUCGAAUGCAGCUUAUCAAGAAGCUCAGGAAAUAUUUGGAUUUGAUUUUGACUACAGCGAAUUUAAGCAAAACAGUGAAGACUCAGAUGAAGACGAGGGUUAUGAUGAAGAACGAUCCCCGGUAAAAUAUCACCGUAAGAAGAAAACUGUGAGAAGUAUUUUUGAUAUUUACGAACCCAGUGAACUUAAACGUUUACAUUUUACGGACAAGGAUGAGGAAAUUCGGUGUAAGGAUAUUCCGGAGAGAAUGCAGUUACGUUCGAUCCCAGUUACUCCAGUAUCUAAUGAUUCUUUUGAGUUGGAUCAAGAGGCGCUGUGGAUUUAUCAGCAAGCAUUCUGCCGAUCGACAAUUUUACGUAAAACUUUUGAACUAGAUAUUAAUGAGAACAUUGAUGGUGUUGGAAAAAAAAGUCCUGAGACAGUGGAAAAAAUAAAAAAUGCACUUGAUUUUAUUCGUAAUAAAAAUUUUGAUGUACCUUUUAUAGCUUUUUAUAGAAAGGAAUACGUUCUUCCUGAGCUGGAUAUAAAAGAUUUAUGGAAAGUAUAUGAAUUUGAUGAAAAAUGGUGUCAAUUGAAUCAAAGGAAAGAAAGUUUACUUCGUUUAUUUAAAAAUAUGAAAGAUUAUUUGCUGGAUAAAGUAAAAAAUUCUCGCGACAACAUCAGAGUUAUUGAUGACAAGUAUAUUGAGCAACUGGCAAAUGUACAAACCGACGAAGAGUUGAAUGAUUUUCAUCACCAUUUAAUGUUGUACUACAACCGAGACAUUCCUGCGAUGCAGGAAGCCGUCAGGCAGAAAGAAAAAGAAGCCAAGCGGCGGGAAAAAAUGAAGAAUCGUUUAACAGGUCGUGGAGCUGGAGAAUAUGGAGAUGAUCUUUCAUCUGAUGAAAGCGACCAAGAAGUUAAAACAAAACCAACUCGCAAGAAAGCGGUAAGAAAUGGUUCCUAUGCUUUAUUUAAAAAGUUUGGACUGGACAAUUUAAUUAAGAAAUUUGGUCUCUCCCCACUGGAGUUCGCUGAAAAUUUGCAGGAAAAUUAUCAGCACCAUAGAAUUGAUCAGGUGUUGAUUGAACCCAACGAAGUAGCGCAAGAUUAUGUUGGCAAAAGUUUAAAAACUACUGAAGAAGUUUUGAAAGCCGCACAAGCUAUGAUGGCACUUGAAUUGUCCCGCGAGCCAAUUCUUCGAAAGUGUGUUCGUGCAAUUUAUAUGGAGCGCGCUAAGUUAACAGUACGACCUACAAAAAAAGGCAUCAAAGUAAUAGACGAGAAUCAUGAGAUGUACACAAUGCAGUAUUUAAAAGAAAAACCAGUACGUGAACUAGUAGGAGACCAGUGGCUAAAACUGGUGACAGCUGUGAAAGACAAAUUAAUUACAAUUCAUCUCAGUGAUAUUGUUGAAGGCAACACCACCGACAAUUACAUCGAUGAGAUGAAGCUAUUGUUCGUUAAAAACAACAACAGUGAUGUAGUUCACGAGUGGAAUAAAUUACGUACCAACAGUGUUGAAGAUGCUCUCAUACACUUGGUAAUACCAGAUUUAAAAAAAGAGUUGAAUUGCAAACUUUUGGCUGAAGCUAAGUCAUUUGUCAUGGAAGCGUGUUGUAAAAAACUACAUGACUGGAUUAAUGUCGCUCCAAUCUCAUGCGAAUUUCCUGGUAAAGAAGACGAAGUCUGGAAUACCAGUGAUGGGAUCCGCGUGAUGGGAAUUUCUUACGUUCCAGAUUACUCUCAAGCAGCUUUCGCGUGCAUCAUUGCUCCAAACGGCGAGUGUAAAGACAUUUUGAAGCUGCCUUAUUUAUUAAAAAGAAGAAAUGAUAGUAAUAAUAAUAAUUUUGGUAGUGCUGCUAAAGAAGCAGAGCUCAAGACUUUAAGAGAUUUUAUAAACAAAAAUAAACCACAUGUUGUUGUGAUUGGUGGUGAGUCUAGAGAAGCUCUUCAGGUAUCUGAAGAGAUCACUGAGUGUAUUGACACUCUGUCUGAGGAAGUAGACUAUCCAUCGAUACGAGUAGAAAUAUCUGAUACUAAUGUUGCUAAAAUUUAUGCAAACACCAAAGGAGUGACUGAAUUUUGUAAUUAUCCUCCACAGUUAAGAGAAGCUAUUUCACUAGCGCGACGUAUACAAAAUCCUCUGGGUGAAUUUUCUCAGCUGUGUAAUUCAGAUGAAGACUUGUUGUGCUUGAAGUUUCAUCCGUAUCAAGACUCGCUGUCAAAGGAAGAGCUUGUUAAUAAUCUUUACACCGAGUUUAUUAAUAUAGUAAAUUCUGUGGGUGUCGAUAUAAACGAACCUCGGACUUACACUGAAAAUUUACUGCAGUUUGUCAGUGGGUUGGGAGCUCGAAAAAGUCAUGCGCUGUUGAAAAUAAUUAAAAACACUAACCAGAAGCUAGCAAGUAGAGAGCAGUUAGUAACAGUGUGUCAUAUGGGUCCAAAGAUUUUUAUUAAUUGCGCUGGUUUUAUUAAAAUUGAUACUGAUAGUCUCAGAUAUAAUUCAGACACUUAUAUUCAAAUUCUAGACAGCACGAGAAUUCACCCUGAGACUUACAAACUCGCUGCUAAAAUGGCGAUCGAUGCUCUAGAAUAUGACGAUGAUAACGAAGAUAAAGAUGCGGCUCUUGAAGAAAUUUUAAAGUCUCCACAAAAACUUACGGAUUUGGAUUUAGAUGCUUUUGCAAAAGAGUUAGAGAGGCGGGGUUUCGGUAAAAAAAUUAAUACCCUCUAUGACAUACAGGCGGAAAUGAAUUGUCAGUAUAAAGACCCCAGGACACCUUACGAAUCUCCGAAUGCUGAACAAUUGUUUGAUUUGCUGACCAAAGAGACACCUCAGACACUCUACAUCGGUAAAUUAGUGUCAGCUACAGUAAUUGGUAUGAUUUACAGAAAAAAAGCUGAUGAUCAGUCUGAUAAUCAACUAGUUCCUGUAAAAAAUGAUGAAACUGGACUGUGGAAGUGUCCGCACUGUUUGAAAGAUGACUUUGCUGACUCAUCCAAUGUUCUGGAACACUUUGAUACUGACAACUGUUCCACAGUCUCAAGUAUUAAAUUGCGAUUAGAGAAUGGUCUACAUGGAUUUAUUUCAGUUAAAAAUUUAUCUGACAAUUAUAUUAACGAUCCUGAAAAAAUGAUUGCCAUUGGGAAUUCAUUUCAGUGUCGCGUGAUAUUUAUUCAUACAGAAAGAUUUCUCAUUGAGUGUUCAUUAAAGAAAAGUGAUCUACUUGAUUUGAAUAACGAAUUGCGUCCAACGAAAGACCCGUUUUACGACACAGAGACAGAACAGCUGGAUAAAAAAAUAGAGGAGGAAAAGAAAAAAGCUAAACAACAGGUUCUAUUAAAACGCGUUAUUUAUCAUCCGUCAUUUCGUAACGUCAGUUUCGCUGAGGCUGAGAGAAUGAUGAAGACUAUGAAACAAGGAGAAGCUAUUAUAAGACCUUGUAGCAGAGGACUUGGUUAUUUAUCAGCAACUUGGAAAGUAACUGAUGAUAUUUAUCAGCACAUUGCCAUAAAAGAGACGGGUAAUUACAGUUAUUUUUCUCUCGGGAAAAGUUUGUGGAUUGAUGAUGAAGAGUUUGAGGAUCUUGAUGAAAUAAUUGCUCGGCACAUCAACCCCAUGGCUUUAUAUGCCGCUGAAUUACUUGACUUCAAGUACUUCGUACCUGGUAUCGAUGGCUUAGAAGCCAAAGCCGAAGAAUAUUUAAAAAUACAAAAACAAAAAAAUUCAAAUAAAGUUCCUUACAUUAUAUCGGCUAUGAAAAUUUAUCCUGGUAAAUUUUUAUUGUCAUAUUUUUCAAACAAUCAGUUCCAUCAUCUUCAUAUCACAGUUACUCCAGAUGGUCUUAGUUUCCAAAAAAUAUAUUUUCAACGUCUUUAUGAUCUUAUAAAGUGGUUCAAAAAUGAAUUACAAAAAUGUACUAACAAUAACAAUAACAAUAAUAAUAAUAAUAAGAUUAGAUAUCUUAUAAGUGCCGAUGACUUUGGCAGUGUCAUUGAUUAUCAAUCACACCCAAAACUUGCCAUACCUAGUUUUCGUACUCUAUAUAACUAAAAAAAGCCGCCAGCUGGAUUUAUUUAUAAACUAUUAAUUAUUAUUUGAAAAUUAACCAAAUAAGUUUUAUUUGUUCUUAAAAAACAAUUCUCUUUAAUUCAAUUUUUAUUUUAUUAUUUUUUAAAAAGUGAUAAAUUAAAACGAGCCAAGUAUUUUUUUAAAUUUAAUUUAAAAAAUUUAUCACAUUUAAACAUUUAACUACCGCUAAAGUUAUAUUAUUUCUGUUUAUUUAACUUUUAAAAAUAAAGUUUAUUUUAGUUUUAGUUUUAAAAAAAUGACGUUCAAUUAUUGAACGUUUUCGAAUAUUAUUCCAAAGGCUGAAAAUGUAAAGGCAUAAUAAAUCAGUUGUUAAAAAUAAUUUUAAUCAAGUACUAUUUCAAUUAUUAAUGAAAUGAAAUCAAUCAAUGGGUCAGUAAUCAAUUAUCCCAAAGUGCUAAUUAACAUAAAUAUUUAAAUAAAAUAGUUUAUAAAAAUAAUUUGUACUU